AUGCGAUAUCAACACAUUCUGGGGUAUCUGGCCUCCUCGGUGGUCGUUGGCGCCGUUACAGGGCCGGUUGACAACCAUCCUGACUCUGUGCUCGAGUCCCGCGACCUGGUUGACCUGAUCGGAGACACUGAAUUUGACUACGUCGUGGUUGGUGGAGGAACGGCUGGAAAUGUCAUAGCAACUCGUCUGGCGCAACAGUCUUUCUCGGUGGCUCUGGUCGAGGCUGGUGGUCUAUAUCAAUUGGAAUCUUUCCAGGCCAUCCCUGGUGCAGAUGUUCUGCCCGUUGGAUCGGAUCCCGAUUCGAAAUCGGCCGUGGACUGGGGUUUUGUUGCGGAGAAUCAGCCGGGAGCCAACGGACGAGCCAUCCAUUAUGCUCGCGGGAAGUGUCUCGGGGGAUCGUCCGCGCUGAACUUUAUGAUAUACCAAAGGCCCAGCAUAGAGUCGAUGCAACAAUGGGCGAAUACCGUCAACGACAGCAGUUACACCUUCGACAACCUCCUUCCCUAUUACAAAAAGAGCGUGAAAUUCACUCCACCAAAUGAGAAGACCCGCUUCGACAAUGCUACUGCCAACUUCGAUUCCACCGCGUUCGAUGAUCAAGGAGGCCCGCUGCAUGUGUCCUAUUCCAACUACGCGAUGCCGUUUUCGACCUGGAUGAAGCUGGGAAUGGAUGCGAUCGGGAUCGAAGAACAAGAGGAUUUCAAUCUCGGCACCGUCAUGGGCGCGCAAUACUGUUCGUCGACCAUCCGACCCAGCGAUGAGACCAGGAGCAGCUCCCAGUCCUUCCUAGAGAGCAUCAAACCUGCCAGCCGAAAGAUCUAUAGCAACACCCUGGCGAAAAAGAUUCUUUUCGACGACAACAAGAGGGCUACCGGGGUCCAAGCUCAGGGACCCUUGGGGACUUUCAAGCUCACGGCCAAGAAGGAGGUCAUUGUCUCUGCGGGUGCAUUUCAAUCGCCUCAGCUAUUGAUGGUGUCGGGGAUUGGUCCAAAAGAGACGCUUCAUGAGCAUAACAUCGAUCCGGUAGUCGAGCUGCCCGGUGUUGGCCAGAACAUGUGGGAUCAUCCGUUCUUCGCACCUAGUCAUCGAGUGAACGUCCAGACGCUCACCCAGACCGCUUCGAGCCUCCUCUCCUUGCUUAAGCAGUUCCUUGACAAGGCCAUUCCGCAUACCGGGCCGCUCACUAACCCUAUUUCGGACUAUCUGGCUUGGGAGAAGAUCCCAGACAGCCUGCGUUCCAAGUUCUCCGAUUCAACUGAGAAUGAUCUAAGACAAUUCCCGAAAGAUUGGCCCGAAGCAGAGUACAUCUCCGGUGCUGGAUACAUUGGAAACGUGUCCGACCUUCUGCGCGAUCAACCCAAGGACGGUUAUCAGUAUGCCUCCAUGCUCGGGGUGUUAGUCGCUCCGUUGUCUCGAGGAAAUGUGACGCUCCAGUCUGCGGACACGUCGGACCUGCCCAUCAUCAACCCCAACUGGUUGGACAGCAAAACUGACCAAGAGAUGGCAAUUGCCAUGUUCAAGCGUAUGCGGCAGGCUUUCGGAAGUGAUGCCAUGGCUCCUGUGGUUAUUGGCGAGGAGUACUAUCCCGGAAAGCAAGUGCAAUCGGACGAGGAGAUCCUCGAGUUUGUCAAAAACAACAUCAUGACUCUAUGGCAUGCUGCGUGUACCUGUAAGAUGGGCACGUCAGACGAUCGCAUGGCCGUUGUCGACCACGAAGCCAAGGUCUUUGGGGUCCAAGGACUGCGCGUAGUUGAUGCGAGCGCAUUUCCAUUCCUGCCUCCGGGUCAUCCACAGUCCACAGUGUACAUGCUCGCCGAGAAGAUAUCGGACCUGAUUAUCAACUCGGAAAAGAAAUGA